UGGGGGACGGGGCGGCGGCGAUCCUAACCGGGUCUACUCGGAAGCAAGACCCUUAGUUCCCCCCAGCACGGCCUCUUCCUUCGCGGCCCGGGCGCGCUCGACACGCAGGGGGAGGCCAAGCAGCCCUGCCCUGCGGAGCGUCGCCUGCUGCUGCCCCCGAGGAAGCCGUUCCCCCGCCUCGCCGCCGCCGCCUCCUCCCCCGGCAGCGCUGAGGAAAGCCGGGCCGAGCCACGGGGAAGGCGGACGGGGAGGCCGGCCGAGCAGCAGCAGGAGGAGGCCCGACGACGGCGCCCGGGGGAGGGGAAGCCGCUCCCUUCGGCCGGGCUGUUGGGAUGUUAAACAGAGAUUCUGAGCAGACUCCAGCCCCUGUGAGUUAUUGCAGCUUUUGGCCUUUGGGGUUAAAUCAGGCUUAGGUUUAGAAGACCUGAAAUGCUACCUUCAGAGCUGGGAGAAUAAAACAUCUGGACCAGACCGAGACCGAUCAAGUCCAACCGUCUGUUCACGCAGUGGCCAAUCAUGUGCUUCCGGGAAACCCACAAGCAAGCAAACCGCAGCAGCGUUAUCAUGUUCUGCAGCAGCUAAUGUAGCAGUCUGAUACUGGAGAGGAUAGAGAGGAUGAGAUCCGUCCAAAAUUUGGGCAGAUAAGAAUGGGCCCUGAUGUGCCUCUGCUGGAUUACCACAAGCGCGACUUCCUCUUGAGGCGUUUUGCACAGACGGCUUUGGGCGGCCCUCGGCUGAGGCUGGGACAGAGUGCGCCUCCCUAUGUCUAUGUCAACCAGGUUAUUCUGUUCUUGACGCCAUGGGCGCUGGGUGGAGCGGGAACUCUUCUGUAUCAGCUUGAUGUUCUACAAGACUAUUAUGCAGCCGCACUUUCCGGAGCGCUCAUGCUAGCCGCGGCCACCGUUGUCCAGGCGACAGCUUUGGGCGUGAGACGGAGGAGGGCAUCCGUGCAGAGGGUGCAGAUGCACAAUAACCUAACGGACGAAGAUGUGUGGGAAUUUUCUAGCUGCGCAGGAUCAGAAACGGUGAAGUUUCUUAUUCCGGGCAAGAAAUAUGUCGCCAACGUCGUCGGGCACUCGGUUCUUGCUGGGGUGCUGUGUGCCUUGGGGACUUGGUACUUGCUACCAAACAGACUCACUUCACUUUACGGUGGUAACGUUGCCGCUUCUGCAACGGUCUUUGUGUUUGGGUGGCUGACGGUCUGCAUAGGGGAAUACGCCUUGGUCAUCAACACUCCUCCAGAGACUGCUGCUUUCCAAGUAUUGGACCGUUACGAAAUCACAGCUUUGAUGAGAUCUUUUUACAUUUUGGUCUUCGUUGCGGUGGAUCUUGCUGAGAGGUUCAUGGCUGACGUACCUGACUUGAAGCUGGCAAACCAGAUUUUGCAUGUUGUGUUUUUGGCCUUGCCUCUCCUGUGGGCGCUGGGGGUUCUGCCACCUCUGGACGCGUUUUUCCUCUGGGGAAUGGAGCAGAUGUUGGAGAUUGGUCUUGGAGGCUCACCCAUGUCCAGUGACAUCAGGCUGCUAGGAAUGGUUUUCAUCUCUGCGGGAACAGCCGUUGCAUCCUAUUUCAUUCCCAGCUCCGUCGGAGCGGUCAUUUUCAUGGCUGGGUUUGGAUUUGCACUGAGUCUGAACCCCAGUAAGAUUGGUUCCACCCUCAAGCAUGUCACGACCAGCUGUUUAGCUGCUAAGAAAUUUGAGGACGUGCCUGCUUAUUGUCGGACACAGUUUCGCUGGAGGGAGAUAAUUUUCUAUUUGGCCGUCUUCGCUUUGGCCCUCGUAGAAGCUGGACUUUUGCACCAUGAGCUUGGUUCUCAGGCAUUCUCCAAAACCAGCCUCCAGGCAGUUAUGAGCUACGUUAUAAUGGUGCUGCUCCUGACUACGUGGGUUCUCCGGGAGAUUCAGACAGUGUACAUAUUUGGAAUUUUCCGGAAUCCGUUUUACCCGAAGGAUGUCACUGUUACCAGCGGGGUUGCAGAGAAGCAAAAAGGGCUUUCAAGGAUUGGCGCUUUGCGAAGGAUUUUAACAACUGGAGUGUCGCCGUUUGCUAUGAUCGCAUUUCUUUCCCUGGACAGUUCUCUGCACCAGGUCCCAUCCGUGUCUAUUUCCGUUGGAUUCACGAGAAGCUUUAGAAUGGUAUGGCAAAAUACGGAGUGCGCCCUCUUAGACGUGGCGUUGGUGUCUGCGGUACAGCUGCUGACGACCAAUACCGACCUUUGGUGGAACAGAAGUCUCGAUACGGGAACCAGACUCUUGCUGGUCGGCUUCAUUCGGAAUCGACUGUUUCAGUUUGUCUCAAAAUUGCAGUUUGUGGUCACUGUUCUCUGGACGUCAUGGACAGAGAAAAAACAGCGCCGGACGUCUUCCGCCACCCUGAUUACACUCAACGUUGUCUUCUUCCCAGUUCUACUGACCCUCGUAGUGCUCUCUGCGUUGUUGGCUUCCUCCGUUCUUCCCCUUUUCAGCCUCCCCAUAUUUCUGAUCGGUUUCCCAAGGCCUAUCCGGAGCUGGCCAGGCCCAGUGGGUGAGACAGCUUACGUGUGUCACGAUACCGUCUAUUACCAGCAAAUGGUUCCCAGGAUGGUAUCAGCUUUGCAGGCUGCUUUCUCCUCUGGUAGCCUGGGCCUCUGUGUAGCUGGAUCUCACUACUUGUGCCGGUUUCAGGACAGACUGCUGUGGAUCCUCGUGCUAGAGAGAGGCUUCACUUAUUGCUGUGUCAACAUCAAGGGUUUAGAGCUGGAGGAGACCUCUUGCCACAGCGCAGAAGUUCGUCGAGUUGACGAAAUGUUCGAAGCUGCUUUCGAAGGCGAGGAACGUCCUCGGAGGCUUUCCCUCAACCAUCACUUUGGGAACGUCUUAACCCCGCGCACAGUCCUGCCCGUGAAACUCUAUUCAGAUGCCAGGAACGUCUUGUCCGGAAUCAUCGACUUGCCAGAGAACCGGUGGCAGAUGAAGGACGACUUCGUAGAAGUCCUUUUGUGGAUGCUGGUCCACCAUUGCUACAAGAAGUUAGAAAGGGCGGAGUUGCUUGAUGAAACCCCGAAGCAAGAGUCUCCCCAGCUGACACCGCCUGAGGUCUUGAACAAGACCAGAGAAAGGACGAGCAUCCACUCGUCCAGGUCGGACAGUCUCAGUAUGGAGUCGGUGGACCACUGGACAGACAAUGGGCACCUUUUUGAUCUAGAACCCGCCAGGAGAACCUCGGAAGCGCAAAGGAUUCUGCCAAUUCUCUUCUCAUCUCUACCAGGAUCAGUAGAAAUCGAAGAUGAACUAGCAGGAGAGAGUGCGACAGGGAAAUUUUAUAAAUCAAUCCUUCCCGCUUCACCUACUUUAGGCGCCGGCAAGCGGCAAGAGUCAAAGCUGCCCCGUGGGCCACCCCCUGUUGUGUUCAGUAGCCACUCUUCUGAGUUGUUGGCCGUUCCUAGACAGUGGAGAACAGCACCUUGUUUGGAAGCUGAGCUGAAGGAAAUGAGGCAGAUAUUCCCAGAAGACUGGUUCCACUUCGUCCUUCGCCAGCUGUCUUUCUCUUACUUGAAAGAGGAUCGUUUCAGUUUGCAUGGAGAUUCUAUGAACGACCCCGCUCUGCGAGAAGUGUACACCCAAGCGGUCCUACCCUGUUGGAUCGGCGUGUUUGGGGCAGAUCCCAUCCUUCCGUCUCCUGGUCAGAUAUUCAGAACGUACAACGGAGACAUCCCCUGGUCGACCUGCACUCAUUGGCUAGCAGGAAAGCAAGAGCUGUUCCGUCUGGCGUUGAAAGCAUUCAGGUACACGGUGAAGCUCAUGGUGGAUAAAGCGAGCCUGGGCCCAUUCGAAAGCUCCGAGGAGCUGCUGAGCUGCCUGGAAGGAUAUGAAAACGACUGGUUUAUCGGGGUGGCAUCGGAACAGGAGUGGCAGGAGGCCGUUCUGCAGGAAAAGCCGUUUCUGUUUUCUUUGGGGCUUGACGCUGACAAGGGCGUUUGCACCAGCCGCACGCUGACCCUCCAGGAAUUCCCAGUGCCAGUCGGGAAGCUGUCUGGCGAGGCCGUCCGAGGCCAGUGGGCCAACCUGUCUUGGGAGAUGCUGUACGCCACGAAUGACGACGAGGAACGCUUCAGCAUGCAAGCUCAUCUCGUCCUCCUGAGGAACCUCACGAUACAAGCUGCGGAUCCCCCGCACGGAUCGCCUGUGUAUUCCUCUGAACCUCUGCAUGUGCCUCUGCUCUAGGACUCGGGUGACUGCAGAACCAAAUGCGAACGAAUGCACUGGUGUACUAAAAAAACCUGUCUCUUUGGCUCAUUCUGCACACGCAAAAUAAUGCCCUUUCAAACUGCUUUCAGUGCUCUUUGAAGCUAUGCGGAAUGGCAAAAUCCACUUGCAAACAGUUGCGAAAGUGGUUUGAAAACGCAUUAUUUUGCGUGUGCGGAAGGGGCCUUUGAAAGAGCCAGGAAACCUUUACGAAGGGGAGAUGCCCUCGGAACAAUACUUUCUUUUGGGGAAGUGUGGGGAGAUCUCAUGUUCCGUACCAAAAGUCUUAGUCUGAUCCUGUGCCCAUUGGAACUGGUGAUUUGGCAGACCUGGGAAGGAAUUUUUGACAUACGCAAUAAGCUCAUAAUGUACUUUUUUGUGGACUUAAUUUGUCUGAAGUCAGUAUCCCCAACAGGUGACUUGCAUUAAAAGGUAAGUUACAGUGUAUUAUAGAGUGUAAAACCGUAAGGAUUAAGAGCCAGCGUGGUGUAGUGGUUAAGAGCAGGUGGAUUCUAAUCUGGAGAACCGGGUUUGAUUCCCCGCUCCUCCACCUGAGUGGUGAACCAGAUAAGCAUUCCUGCUGGGUGACC